GGUUGUAAUCGCGUACUGCUCUAAAACCAAAAUGAGUGAAAAGGAAGACCAAGGAGAUUCAGCAGAUUCUGGUGAUUUAACAGCAAGUGAAGAAUAUGAGGAUGAUUUUGAAAAAGACCUUGAAUGGCAAAUUAAUGAAGAAGAAAAAGAAGACCUUAGUGAAAGAGAGAGUCCUGAAAGAAAUGAAGAGGAUAUUGAAGCACAAAUUUUCGAAGUUGCAGACAACUUUGAGGAAGACAAUGAUGAAAUGGAAGAAAAUCUAGAUCAGCGUUCAGAAGGAGAUGUAGGUGUGAAAGGGAGUCCCUCCGAUGAAAAAAGUUUGGAAGCCAGGUCUGAUAUUAAGCACAGGGACCAUGUAUCCGAUACUGAUAGUGAAAGCUCUGUCCAGGAAUCCAAGCUGGAAAACCAACAGGAACUAGAUGAGGAAGAGGAUGAAGAAGUAAAGCGUUACAUCUUGGAAAAAAUUGAAGAAGCCAACAAGCUGCUGGAGAACCAGGCUCCUGUUGAUCAAAACAGAGAACGGAAGUUAAAAUUUAAGGACAAGUUAGUGGAUCUUGAAAUUCCUCCUCUAGAAGAUGCCGAAGUUUGUAAAACUGACCGUGUAAGAGGAGAUGAUGUUUCAAAUAGGCUGUCACAGUUGCAGAUUUCUAAUGAAAUGGGACAGGAACAUACACCACUUUUGCCACAUGCUGACAAGGAUGAGGAAAAGAAGGAUGGUAAAAUCCUAGUGGAAAAAGAUGGGAAGUUUGAACUCUUAAGUUUACAUGAUAUUGAAAGCCAGGGCUUUUUGCCCCCAGUAAGUGUUUCUUUUACUGAUAUUGAAACUCAGCCUAUGUCUCCAAAAUCUUCACAGCAUGAUCCUUUUGGCAGUGUCUCUCCAAUGAAGGAACUACCUCCAGUAACACCAGGAGCACAGUCUUUUACUCCCGGUGGAGAAGAUUGUGUUUAUCUACCUAAGCCUCCACCUAACCCAAGGCGUCGUUCAAGUACUGCUAUCAAUGCUGCAAGACUUCUGGGAAAACGGAAAACUCCCCAGAGGGCACAGUCAGCAAAUGUGCCUGUGAGGAGUUCCACUUACUGUCUCUCUCCCAGACAAAAGGAAUUGCGGAAGCAGAUAGAACAAAGGAAGGAGAAACUGAGGAAAGAGGAAGAAGAAAGAAAAAGGGAACAAGAAGAGCAGAAGAGAAGAGAGAAUGAGAUGGUUUUUAAAGCUUGGUUGCAGAAGAAGAAAGAACAAGUGCAAGAAGAAAAGCGAAUUCGUCGUGCAAAGGAGCUAGAGGACUUGAACAGCAAAGAGAAGAAUAGGAAUCCAGAUGAAGCUUUCAAGUUAUGGCUUAAAAAAAAGCACCAAGAACACCUGAAAGAAAAAAAGAUAGAAAUUUUGAGACGCCAAGCUGAGGCAAUUACCUUAUUCCCAAGAACAGAGGAAUGCAACAGAGCCUUUAAAGAAUGGCUAAAAAGAAAGAGAGAAGAAAAACGAGCAGAAGAACUUGCUGCUAAAGAGAGAGUAAGGCAGCUUAGACUAGAAGCCAGAAGAGCAAAACAGAUACAGAACAUACAGUGCAUUAGCUCAGAAGCGAAAGCCUUUCGCUUCACAGACCAUUACAGUUGAAAGUUUGAUGUAACCACAGUUCUUGGGGGGAAUCCUCUUAGGUUUUAAGAUGUGAACUUCCGCUCUUUACAGCUACUGACUUUUUGUGGUGUUUUUAAAGCUUUGAAGCAAGUUUCACAAUUCCCAUCACUGAUAAUGAUUUUGCUAUCUAUUUAUUUGUAAUGUUGUUGAAAAGCCUGCUCUUCUGUGUAACUCAGGGAUCUUCUUGGUUUGACCAAAUCUGAGUGUGAGAUCUAUUUAGACAUUUCUGUCUUUAAAAAAGGCAUUGUGUUCUCAACUCCACCAUGAAUUCCUGGAUGCAGGCCAAUCUGUGAAGUGUUGAAUUUUUGCUGGAUUAAUAUUGCUGUUUGCUGCUGCUUAUGAAGACUGUACAAGGUGUAAUAUUGUUGGAAAAUGCUGUUUCUUGUACCACUUUCUACUGAUAUGUUGACCAGCUGUUAAUUCUGGCUGGACCAGAGGAUUCUCUUAUUCAGAGAAAUAAGAAAGUUCAGAGAAAGUGGAAUUGGAAAAUUACUGGAAUGCUAACAUGUAUGUG